GUCAUCGCAGAUUCCCGCUGUGGUUAUGAGGUCAUGCAUCUUGUCUUACUCUUCAUGUUUGUACAAUCCUCUGGAGCUUUUACUCCUCCUUUGGGACAAGAAACUUCAAGUCCUCCUUCCGUGAGCUGGAAAUCCCAUCUUUUACAUUCCCUCUUCACUCUCCAGUUGUGAACUAAAAAACAUAUGAUCGUGUUGAGAGAUUCUGAAAAAUAACACCACCAGUGAGUGACUUGAUCAUUGCUCUCAGCUCCAGAUGACUUGCCCUGUUUUUCAGAAGGAUGUCAUCUGUUACUGAAAAUGGAGAUGUUACUGCUGGAAAGCCAAAUGAAGAGAAAACAUAUAAAAAGACUACGUCCUCAGCUAUUAAAGGUACUAUUCAGCUGGGAAUAGGAUACACUGUAGGAAACCUUACUUCAAAACCAGACAGAGAUGUUCUUAUGCAAGACUUCUACGUAGUGGAAAGUGUCUUCUUACCCAGUGAAGGGAGCAAUCUCACUCCUGCUCAUCGUUACCCUGACUUCAAAUUUAAGACGUAUGCACCUCUUGCCUUCCGAUAUUUCAGAGAGCUUUUCGGUAUCAAGCCUGAUGAUUACUUGUAUUCAAUCUGCAGUGAGCCUUUAAUUGAAUUGUCCAAUCCAGGUGCCAGUGGGUCCUUUUUUGUAACUAGUGAUGACGAGUUCAUCAUCAAAACAGUCCAACACAAAGAGGCUGAAUUUCUCCAGAAGCUCUUGCCAGGUUAUUAUAUGAAUCUGAACCAGAAUCCAAGAACACUUCUACCCAAAUUUUAUGGGCUAUACUGUGUUCAGUCAGGAGGCAACAGUAUUAGAAUUGUUGUAAUGAACAAUGUUUUGCCACGAGCCUUGAAAAUGCAUUUCACAUAUGACUUGAAAGGCUCCACGUAUAAACGGAGAGCAUCAAGAAAAGAGAGGGAGAAGUCCAACCCAACAUUCAAAGACUUGGAUUUCUUGCAAGACAUGCAUGAAGGGUUAUAUUUUGACUCUGAAACUCACAGCGCAUUAAUGAAAACAUUACAACGAGAUUGUCGAGUUCUAGAAAGUUUUAAGAUCAUGGAUUACAGUCUGUUACUGGGAAUACACAUACUGGACGAUAACAUGAGAGAAAAAGAGGGUGAAUGCUCCCAGAACGCAUCUGAUGGGAAACGUCCUGGAGGUCAGAAAGUUCUCUAUUCCACAGCCAUGGAGUCUAUACAGGGAUCUGGGAAGUCAGGGGACUCUGUUGUAACAGAGACAACAAACACAAUGGGAGGUAUUCCAGCUAAAAGCCAUAAAGGAGAAAAGCUGCUUCUAUUUAUGGGGAUCAUUGAUAUUCUGCAGUCUUACAGGUUAAUAAAGAAGCUGGAACAUUCAUGGAAAGCUCUUGUUUAUGAUGGGGAUACAGUUUCAGUUCACAGACCAAGUUUUUAUGCUGAUAGAUUUUUAAAAUUUAUGAAUACAAGAGUUUUCAAGAAAGUUCAAGCUUUAAGGUCUUCACCUUCCAAGAAACGAUGCAAUUCCAUCACAGCCCUAAAGGCAGUAUCACAAGAAAUAGUGUGUUCCGUCAGCCAGGAGUGGAAGGAUGAAACGCAAAGCGUUAUUACUGAAGGACAAAGCUACUCCAGCCUUGAUGAGGAAGUGCUAGGUUCACGCCACCAGCCAGAUUUAGUACCAAGCACUCCAUCUCUGUUUGAAGCAGCUUCUCUGACAACCACAGUUUCUUCUUCUUCCUUGAAUGUAGAUGAACGUUAUCAACGUGAUCAGCCUAUGCUCUAUUCUAGCAGUAAAGAGUUGCCUUCAAGUUCAACAUUCACUCUAGAAGAUAGUGCCAUCUAUUUGACAUCAGAACAGAGCACACUGGAAACGGAAAAUGAUAAUGCUUCUGUUUUGGAUGUCUAUUUGUAAUGAAAAAAAAACGAGAAGAAUGAAAACCGAGAUAGAGAAGUGACCAUGGUUAACGAAGAGCACUUUCUGCACUCCUGAUUUGUUGAGCCUUGUAGACAGAGUAAUAAUCAGUUGAACUUGUUCUAAGAAUUGUGAGGAUCUUUGAAUUAUAGAAAGGAUGGAUAGACUUGGUGAAAGUGACAUGAAACAUUCCACACUCUACUAUCAUCUGCUCUUGCUUGCUGAACUGUGAAGACCUGUGUGUUUGAGCUGCUUUCUACUAUCUUGCCAAUCAACUUUUUUGGACUUGAAAGUAAUAUUUUCUUAUUGGCUCUCUAGUGAUUUCAUUUGCAUGCAUCUUAUAAUUAUGCAAACAAAAUAUAUUAUCUGCUUUACCUAUUUAAAAAUAAGCACAGUGGUGAAUAAAAUUAAUUUUUGCA